CCCGUGCGGCGGUUUGUGCGUCGGGUGUUCAGUGUACGUGGAUUGUGGACUGUAGGCAGGUGGUGACAGCGGUUCUCCCCGUCAGAACCUUUCCUAUUCACCCCUCAAACCCCUUUCCCCCCUCCUUUACCCUUCCCUCCCUUUUACCUUUCCUUAGGCCUCCCUCGAUUUUACCGUACCCCCGUCUCGUUGUCGAAGGGACGCGGACUAUUGUUCCUACCGAUCUACUCCAAUAUUUCCCCCUCCCCCUUCAAUCGGCUACUGGGCAGGCCGCCGGUUUCUUGCAACCAUCUUCGCCCCCUUUCAACCGUUUUCCCUGCGGGGCCUGCCUCUCUGAACGGACGCUGAUCUCCUCUGCCCUGGACUCCCGGAACUGGUUGACAGCUGGCUGACGUUAUUUUUGGUUUGCUGCUGGCGGCAAAUUUAAGUUUGGCGUUUUUCAUAAAUACAAGAAGGACUCAAAUAGAUGUGCAUCUCCACUUGAUUACACUGUUCCCAAAGAAUCCAGAAACACCAAUACUAUUACCACAAUGGACCCAAAGAUGACUGAAGGCGGACUGAAUGUUACCCUUACCAUCCGACUGCUCAUGCAUGGAAAGGAAGUUGGAAGCAUCAUUGGAAAGAAAGGUGAAACUGUGAAAAAGAUGCGUGAAGAGAGCGGUGCACGCAUUAAUAUCUCUGAAGGAAAUUGUCCUGAGAGAAUUGUCACCAUCACAGGCCCAACUGAUGCAAUAUUCAAGGCAUUUGCAAUGAUUGCCUUUAAGUUUGAGGAGGACAUUGAUAAUUCAAUGAGCAAUAGCACAGCAACCAGUAAACCACCUGUGACCCUGCGACUCGUCGUACCUGCUAGCCAGUGUGGGUCUCUGAUUGGAAAAGGAGGCUCCAAAAUCAAAGAAAUUCGUGAGUCAACAGGGGCUCAAGUCCAGGUGGCAGGGGACAUGCUGCCUAAUUCUACUGAACGAGCUGUGACAAUCUCUGGGAUGCCAGAUGCAAUCAUCCAAUGUGUGAAGCAAAUUUGUGUGGUGAUGCUGGAGGUACAGUAUAAGUCCCCACCGAAAGGUGCCACCAUUCCCUACCGCCCAAAGCCCGCCUCUGCCCCCGUCAUUUUUGCAGGUGGCCAGGUAAGAGCAGAUCCCCUCUCGGCCUCCGCAGCCAACCUCAGCCUCUUACUGCAGCACCAGCCACUGCCUGCCUAUACAAUUCAGGGACAAUAUGCCAUUCCACACCCAGAUGAUGCGUGCCUCUCGUCAGCUGACUAUAAAGCGGCGUUGGCAUCAACAUUGUGGCGAAGUCCGCAGCUUGCUCACUCAUCCUCCCAGCUGAAGGAAUCUGCAUGGACACCAGAGUCCUUGAAAGAAAAAAUGGAAUUUAAAAACUUUAAAGAAGAUUCAGGAACUUGGGGUUUGGAUGCCAAUUCCCCGGCCAGUACUCAUGAACUCGCCAUUCCCAAUGAUCUGAUUGGGUGUAUAAUCGGCAGACAAGGAAGCAAAAUUAAUGAGAUAAGGCAGAUGUCUGGGGCGCAGAUUAAAAUAGCUAAUGCAGCAGAAGGCUCAACAGAACGUCAGAUAACUAUUACUGGAUCCCCUGCCAAUAUAAGCCUUGCACAGUACCUCAUUAAUGCAAGGCUAACAUCUGAAGUUUCUGGAAUGGGCCCUCUUUAAUUGUUUAUGCAGCUCCCUCUGCUCUCCGUGUCAUGUUGCCCACCUGCGAAAACCACAAGCAACCUGCUUCCACUUGUUUGUAAAAUUUGUAUAUUACAGUUCUGCCUCAUAGAAAAUAGUUAAAAUGUUAAAUUUUAAGAAAUUAUCCUGAAAUUCUUUUUAAAUCCAGUCCCCCUUAACUAAACCCAACUACCCCAUUUCUUGUUUUAAUGUAAGUUUUUUGUUUCAACAUUAACUUAAAUUAACAAUCGCUUGCAAAAAUUGUAUUUGAAGACUAUUUUCUCUGUAUACUUUUUAGUUUAGUAAUUACUGGUAACAUGAUUGCAACCUUUUUAUAUUAAAAAAAUAAACCUUGAUGUUAUCCAAUUAUUUGAAGUUCUAUCUGGAUGUAAUAAAGGAAGGUACAUGACUAUA